GCCACAACCUCUGUGAAAUCUGCUUCUUUCCAGCCUGUCUACGUCCUUGCAUAGUGCGCCCUUAGUCUCAUUCUUCUUCAGGGCUCAGGGCGCAGUUGCUUGGCUUUGAAGCUCUGGAAUAGAGGCUGGACUAUUAACUUUGCUUACCGCUCAGGGCCUAAUCUUAUGUAGUAGGCAGUAUGACGACAUUGAUAUGGUGAAACAGACGCGGGGUUACCGGGUCUGGGACCCUGCCAGCGAAGAAGCUCUUAAGGCAGGAGUCCGUAAGCAUGGGCUUGGAGCCUGGGAGCAUAUCCGCAAGGACCCGCAGUUCGCUAUUCUGAGUGAUCGCACUGGUGUUCAGUUAAAAGACAAAUGGCGGAAUCUAGUCAAGUUCAGGCACAUUGACCCAGACGAGCAGCGCACCUACAAGCCGAAGACCCAGGGGCCGUGGUCGAAGAAGUACAAGCGUGACAGGUCUCAAGGGCUCUCCGGGACAGCUUCCCCGGCAAGCGGGGACGGUGGCGGCGUGUCAGAAGACGAUGGCAACGAUCGCGCGAUCGUUCCAUUCCAGGAUGGGCCCGCAGUGCUUGCAAUCGAGGGAGGGGAGGCAGGGCCGCUGCAGCUACCGCAGGAGUUGCCUGUCCAGCGUCAUUCGGUGCGGACAAGCGCUCAGAAGCGCAAAGCCAUUACCGAUCUGGCCUUGCUGCUAGAAGGCGACGGCGGCGAGCCGUACACAGGCACUGACGACGACGUUGACGGCGGUGACGGUGGCGGGUUGGAGAAUGGCGGCGGCAGUGAGGGUGGCGGCGGCGGAGGCCCCAGACGGCAGCGGCCUAGGUCGUUAGGGAGGAGCAGUGGGAGGAGCGCAGGACCUGGAAGGCAGCGAAAGGCUCUGGAGGACCGGCGGUUUGGCAUUUACGAUCGGCGACGGUACGGCUUCUCUGAAAUGGGCGACGCUCCUCGAGGGCGUUCGCAUGACGGGGAAGCCAGUGGCGCCGCCAGCGAAUCUGAAGGCGGUGUGGGGGGCGGCGGCGUAGCCGCCGCCACCGCCGGCGGCGCCUCUGGCGCCGUUACCGGCGGCAGCCACUUCCGUGGCCGUCGCCGCGGCGGAGCCUCAGCAUCUCGUCGUGGCGGCAGGGGCCGACACGAGGAUGAAGAUGAGGAGGACGACGAGGAGGAUGAGGAGGCCAUGGAUGAGGCGACGGAGGAGGACGCCGCGGCAGGCAGCGGCGCCGGCGAGGGCGAGGAGGAGGAGUACAUGAUCAGCUGCCCCUGCGGCGUGACGUACGAUGACGGCGAGAUGAUGAUUGAGUGCGAGUCCUGUGCGGCGUGGGCGCAUGUGGAAUGCCUCAGACGGCAGAUGGCGACCGCGCCAGAACGCUACAAGUACAACUUUGACACGUACUGCUGCUCCGCGUGCCAAGCUGAGUUGGCAAGGCUUCAGGAGGGGCCGGGCCAGGGUUGUACGACAGGAUUGUCACCUCGGGGGAGGAGCAGGAGAGCUGUACGGCGGUCAGCGGCAGCGGCUGCCGGUCGCCGUACUUCUGCUGCCGCUGCAGGGGCGGCGGCGGCGGCGAACGGUGCCGAGCGGCAGCAGCAGCAGGAGCAGGGUGCUGACGCGGAUGAUGACACGGCGAGCGAGGACAGCCAGAGGAAGGCCUCGGAGCUCAGCACCAUUCUAUUGGGGCUGGCUAACGGUCACCUGGGCAGCAGCAACGGCGGCGGAGGCGGCCGCCGUGUCGGAAGCGCGCUUCCUAACGCUCCUCCUCCGUCGCUUGGUGGUGGCAGCGGAGGCGGUAACGGUAGCGGCGGCGGUGGUGGUGGUGGUGCUUAUUCAAAGCUUGGGCCACUGCAUGGGCGUUCUUCCGCUCCUGCCAUUCCUGGCUUGACGGCGGGGCAUAGGACAGGCAGCCUUGGCGGCAGCGGCGGCGGCGGAGGUGGAGCCGGCGGCGGUAGCCCCGUCGUACGGUCGCUGUCGCUGGGCCAGGUCAGCAGCAGCGGGCUUGGUGGGGCGACGGGGACUGCGACGGCAGCAGCAGCGGCUGGGAAUGUUGCAGCGUCGCUGGAUGGCAAUAGCAAGCUGCCCAGGCCCGGGGCAGCGGCAGCGGGGAUAGCUGACGGCGCACGACGGCCCUUUGUAGGCGGCCCUUCAAGCAGUGCCGGCAGCAGGGGCAGACUGGAAGGUGCGACCUCGCCGCCGCCCCUUCCGGACACCGGGGGGCUACCGUUGUUCCAGGGAUCUGGAUCCGGAGCAGCUGCCGGGCCCGGUGCCGGCGGCAUCGGCCCCGGCGUAGGACCCUGCGGACCCAAGAUUUUCAAACCCAUUCCCAAGCUUGCGACCGCCCCCGGCGUGUCUCAAUCACAGUCGCAGCAGCCGCAGUCACAGCCGCCGUCGCAGCAACAACAGCAGCAGCAGCAGCUAUCGGCGCCCAAGGCGCGACCACAUCCCGCUCUGGCGCAGGGAGCCAGCCACCAAAACCUGCAGCGCAUGUUGGAAGCGGCCAAUCCGCUGGCAGCUGGCGGUGGCGGCGGCAGCUCUAGCGGCGGCGGCGGUGUUGGGGGCGGCGUCCGCGGAAUGCAGCUUUCAUCUGUACUCGACACCGUACCCUUGCAAGUCGCCGCCGCUAACCUCUGCGCCGCAACAGGCCGCAGGACCGCCUCCGCCGCCGCGGCGACGGCCGCCUCUGAGUCGACUGGCGGCGCCGCCGCCGCAUCGGAUGGCGUCGGCAGCUGCGACGCCGCCGCCAACGCCGGCGGCACCGCCACUGGCGGCGGCGCCGGCGGCAGCGGCUUGCCUCCGAGACCACCCUCUUCCAUGGCUAGGGAGGUGGCCAACCGCAUCUUUGGCGAGUCAGACGACGACGAAACGGGAGGCAUGGGGCGGCCUUUGUCGGCGUUACGCGGCGCCGACCCAUGGUUCUCUUCCCUCGUUGCGCCCAGCCUCAGCCGCGCUGCCACACCCUUUUUCGACUCCCUGCUUCGCGCCACUCCCGACAUCGUACCCUUGACUGGAAACUCCCCGCCGCCACACUUGGCUGCGGCACUCGCUGCGGGGCUACGAUCCGUGUCCCCAGGUGCUGCGUACCUGCCCACUGCCCUCCUUGCGCACCAACAGCAGCAGCACCAAGCGGCCAUGCAGCACUUUUUGCACCAGGCAGCGACGCCAUCGUCUGCCGCUGCUAACGGCGCCGCCGCUGCCGCGGCGGCGGCGACGUUGCUGCCUCCUCCGCCACUCAUACGGCCGACGCCGCUAGCUCCGCCGCCUCCUCCGUUUGCUCCGCCGCCGCUGGCGAUGGGCGGGUUGCCGCCCGGUUGGCCACCUGGGGUGCCGCCACCGCCGCCGCUGCCGCCUGGGGCGCUACAUCCCGGCAGCAACGGCGGCGGGUUGCCGGAUCCCGCCAUGUUGCAUCCCGUCUUGCGCCACUUGUUGUUGACGACGGCUCAACAACAGGCACAACAGCAGCAGCAACAGCAGCAACAAGCGCAGCAACAAGCACAGCAGCAGCAGCAGCGGGUUGUCGACGGCAAUGCACCACCGCAACAGCAGGCUCAGCAGCAGCCGCAGCAGGAUGGGGUGGUGGUAGGGGGAGGGACGUCUGACGGCGUCAGUGGUGUCAAGCUUAAGGAGGAGGGUGCAGUCCCCGACCCGUCGCUCCCUGUUUCACUCCCGCCGCCGCCACCCUUGCACCACCCAUCCCAGCCUCAGCAGCAGCCACAGCAGCAACAGGAAGCAGUUGGGAGAGACGCCAGCAGGGUUGUUGAUUCGCAAGGGGCUGCCGGCGGCGCCGCCGUUGGGGGUAGUGGCGGAAGCGGCGAUGGCGGUCUUUUAACACAGCCCAUCAUGGGGGCGUCGGACAACCUUUUACUGACCCAGAUCGGUACGACAACUAACGGCGGUUUAAACGGCAUGAGCGGCAGCAGCGGUGUCGGUCCGAACGCCCAUGCUCGGGACGCAACGGCGGCUGCAGGCGCCGCCGCGGCUGGCAGUGCUGCUGCUGCUGGUGCUACUGGCACCGUUGGCGGCAGCAGCACCCUUGGUGGCGGCGGCGGCAGCGGCGGGCUGUUGCCCGGCUUGGACGGUGGCGGCGGUGUGGGUGCGCUUGGAGGCAGCGGCGGCUCCUCAGUGGCCACGUUGUUGGGUCUGGGCGUUGGGGGGCUACACCUCAACGUGCUUGAUCAUUUGCGCAGCUCCAGUCCCGAUCCCUGGGGCCUCUUCCGUACCUCCACCCCGGGACCCGAGGCCCUGCUGCAGAGCUUCAUGCAGCCCCCCGCCUCCGCACUCGCACUGGACCUCAACUCGCUGCCGUGGCUCAAAAGCACCACACCGCCCCUGUCAGUCGCGGACAUGCUUGGGCAGCCUGCCGCGGGGGGCGCUGACAUGCAGCUCGACAGAUGAGUUUGGGGAUGACCGCUGCAGAAACCCUCAUGUUGACAGAUGACGGAUGGACGACGACGGAUGGGGACAGAUGGGAAGAAGGACACGCCAGUAGAGGCCCUCCCAUAUCGACACAUGACGAGGACGGAUGACGGCUGAAGAGACCCCACAGCUGGCGGGGCACUGUGUGACGUUUACAUCCUUCGCUUAGCCGCACCCGCCCUGCGGAUGCCCUGGGGAAGUGGCCAUCAGCCAACCGCUGCUCUGCCGCUGACAGCCUUUCUGAUACGGUACCAGAAGCAGGGAGGCAGAGCGCGCCAGCCCUCCAACAAGACCAUGCAGCCAUGGCUUGCUGGAUGGAUCGCUUGGAGGAGAGAUGCCCGGUCGGGACCCAAGUACAUCUGGGCUCAGGGGCAGGGGCAGCAAGGGUUAGGGCCUCCUUUUCACAUGGGCGGACAGGCCGGCUGCCACGAUGCCUAUAUGCACGUGUCCGCGUUGGCCGUGAGGGUAUGUGCGUUGACCUGGUGUUACACCGCUGGCGUGGCUAGUGGAUGCUUCUGUGGAAAGGGGGAGAGGAUUGUGUUGGGCUAUGACCAGGCUUCAUUAUCUGACACACGCACAAGCCAAAUGUCUCGACGCACGCCGGACAUGAUGUAAGUUGCUGACAACACACCGCUUGACGGAACUGCGCGGGUUUGUGCCCUCCCCGCGUCUACUUACUUGGGCGCUUUGUUUCCUCGGCUACCAAAACUGCCGCCUAUCCAAAAUGACGCGUCUCGUAUCGGUACAUGCCGCAUUUGUCGUCGGGGGUUGCCAGGCAAUGUCGUACGCUUUUGUGUGUGUAUGAGAGAGGGAGGGAGCAGUGUACAAGACGCCGUCGUGUCGUGAUCCCCGUACCUAGAACUGGCUUUUGAGGACUGGGCCUGAGGCGGCCCUUCGGUGUGAGGGAUAAGAAGACGGAGUCCAAGCUGAGGUUGUGGUAGUCUUGGGUUAAGCGCCGCUUUGACCCUAGGCUGGAAAGCGUUUGGAGCAGGGGCUUUUUUUGCGACGUCUUGUUAAUGCAUGCGCGCUUUCGAAGCCAUGGGCCGAGCCAUAUGACGAUAUAAGGGAACGGGGUCCGGGGCACGAUGUUCGUCACAACAUGCUAUACCGGUGCACAGCAUUCUGACCAUUUGCAUCAUUGUGUGUGCGGGUAAACAGGGUAACUAACGCAAGCCCUUUAAAGCGUGGAAUGCCGGAUGCUGAGGAUGUGGGAACGGAAAGCAAGCACGCGUGGGGUUGGGGUGUGUGGAGGUCUGGGAAAUGGGUGUGCAUGGAAUUCCUGUCAACUCGUGAUUUCGGGCGUGGGGUUAUGUCUCCUUGCCAUACCAUAGUAAUAAACGCUUGCUUUGCCUUUUGCGCCUCGCGUAGUUGUUGCAACUUGCAAGACGGCUGGGUGCUUUCUCGGCGUUGUGCUGUACACGCGUCUGGCCAUGUCCCACUUGUGCAUUUCAAAAAGUUUGCUUGCGCGUCGUGCGUGUCGGAUGGCUGUGACAAAGCAAUGCUCUGGGGGUUGGGAGUGCGAAGGCACUCCGUACAACUCUCCGUACCAACGGGCAAUGGGCGAAGAGAGACCACGGGGCCGAAACGACUUGGGACUUACAGCGAGCCCCC